CACCUCUGUUUGUCCGACUCUCAGCCUGGCAGCAGCGCUCAUGAAGCUAGAUCCAGAGGAUGGUGAGCAGAUCAUGGAGUAUCUAAAAACUCAAGUUCUGCUGACCAGAGAGAAAGCACUCCUGCAGGCGUCAGUCCGAGAGCAGAAGAAGCUGCUGGUGGAAAACGGCAAACUGAAGAAAGACAUCGAACAGCUAAGAGUUCAGCUGCAGGAGAAACAACGGAGACGCAGCGCCAAGAGCCUGUCCUCCUCAGCCCCGCCUACUCCAACAAAAGCCCCCGCCCCUGCAACAAAUGUCAAUCAAGCGGCCAAUCCCACAGGAGCAUCAGCCCCACCCUCCUCUUCCUCACAUGAGCAGAGAGCGAGACAGGGGAGGAGGAGGAGGGGGGAGAGGAAAGCUCCUCCCACCUGUGACGCUUUCUCUCUGGAGGUGGAGCCUCGUAUUGACGUGUCAAGACUUGACCUGAGGGUGGGGCGGAUCCUGAGUGUCCGCCGCCACCCAUUGUUCGAGUCCAUGUCCAUCCAGGAAGUGGAUGUGGGCGAAAACGCCCCCCGGAGGGUCGUCAGCAAACUGGGAGAGAAAACCCACCUGGAGGAGGUGACUCACAACUUAUCCUUUAAUCGUUGUCAUUAA